ACUGGGGUGCGUUUGUGGCACCUGUGGGUGGGGUGAUGGAGUUGAGUCGCAGGGAGGUUUGUGUUUUAAGCACCAUGAAGCAAUGUGAGGCUCUCAGCAGCCUUCCAAGAUUCUUGGCAACCGUAUGAAUAGUAGGACAGUCCCCCUGUGUCCCAGCUGCAUCCAGACUCUAGCAUUAACUUUUAGCUCCCCAAAUUCAAAUUCAGUUGGAUUCUGGCUCCUUCAUUUCUGGUGUUGCCCCACAGCCUCUGAGCCCAACCCUAAGCUUGGCUGCAUCUCCGUGCUAGACUAGAAGCCCCCUGUGUUAGCAGCUGCCCCAUCCCAGAGGACAAUGGAUUCACGCUUCACUCGUGGGAAAUCUGCCAUCCUGGAGCGGUCUCUGACCCGACCAAAAAUGGAGGUCAGCCUGAGUGCGUUCUCUCUGCUAUUCUCAGAGAUAGUGCAGUACUGUCAGAACCGGGUCUACUCAGUCUCCGAGCUCCAGAACAAACUCUCAGAGCUGGGCCAGCAGGUGGGAGCUCGCAUCUUGGAUGUGCUGGUCAUGCGGGAGAAAAACGGCAAGCGGGAGACCAAGGUCAUCAACAUCCUCCUUUUCAUCAAGGUGACGGUGUGGAAGGCCUUGUUCGGGAAGGAGGCGGACAAGCUGGAGCAGGCCAAUGAUGAUGACAAGACCUACUACAUCAUCGAGAAAGAGCCACUGAUCAACACCUUCAUCUCGGUGCCCAAGGAGAACAGCACGCUCAACUGCGCCUCCUUCACAGCUGGCAUCGUGGAGGCCAUCCUCACCUACAGCGGCUUCCCCGCCAAGGUGACGGCCCACUGGCACAAGGGCACCACCCUCAUGAUCAAAUUUGAUGAGUCUGUCAUAGCGCGAGACAAAGCUCUGGACGGCCGCUGAGUGCCCGGCGGGGGGAGCUGACGUGCUGCUCUUGUCCAUGUGCACCGUGUAACUAAACGGACUGUACCGGAAGGGGUGGCAUGGCUUGUCUGGGGCAGGCUGUCUGUAAAUCAGAAUGAACCUGUGUGAGGCAGAGGGGGCCUCAGCCCAGUUCCAGUGGAAUGUGUCUCCCCAUCAUAUUAAUUGCCCCUUCCUUUCCCUCCCCCCAUUCAAUUCUUGGCUUCGGCCAAGGCUGACAACAGACAUACAUCUGCCCUGUAGUUGUCUUUUCCAGCUCUGGUGGGGAUACACAGGCUAGGUGUGGCUGAGCUAACUCAAUGUAGCGUGGUGGCUGAGACUAGUCACCCUGUAGGAUCUCAGGCAGACUUGUGCUCAGGCAGCUAACUCGAGCUGCAGAACAUGACCCCAUCUGCGCUCCUAGGUAGGUACUCAGCUAGUCAGCCCUUGCUGCUGCUACUUCUGAUAUUCCAGCUUGAACAGAGCUAGUGUGUACAUUGCCCCCUGUGUGGGAACAACUCCCUGCUUUGUGUAGAUGCACUCAGACUCUGAACUCACUCUGGCCUAACAGGUGGGCCUCUGCUUUGUGUAGAGCUGAAGUGUGUUGGUGGGGCAGCAUGGGGAAGCUCAUUUCCCAUGUGCCCAACCCCCUACCCACAGAGCUGAUGGGAAUCAAGUCAGAAGGGCUGGCCCUGGGGCUGCAGCAUCUCUGUGCUAGGCUGCUGCUUCUGCUCUGCCUCUUUCAGCAGUCACUGGUGUCUACUUUCUGUCCCCUUGUGUGUGUGAGGCUUAGUGUGGUUCUCAGUGGGACAGGUCUCCUCCCCCCCAGAACCAUUCACUCAACCAGCUGCAGGUGACUGGCAGCCAGGCAGCUCUAGCCAAGCCCUUCUGCCUUCUGGAGUGGAUCCCUCCAGCGCAGGUUUGAGGCACAUUGAUGGGGAGGGACGGGGACAGAGUCGGUGUCAGAAGCUUCCUCUUCGGCUGCUCAUGAAGUAGGCUCUGAGUGGAUCGCUUAGUCUGAGGGUAAAAAUGAGGCUUUUUGUGAGGCCCAAACCAAGCUUCUCCUGCCAAAGCGUAGCGUGCUUGCACACACUAACUGUGGCAUGGACGUGCAGUGCCCUGUGACACUAGAAAGCAGGAGGGCUCUUUGCCAUGCCAACCCAGACAGAUUUAACAUGCUGCUUGCCUGGAAGUGACCUGCCAGAGGGGAGAGGGAUGUAUUUGCUGCUGCUGCUGCUGCUGCUGCUGCUGCUGCUGCUGGUGGUGGUGGUGGUGGUUUACAGUGUAUGAAGGAGAUAGAAAUGUGGGGGCAUCUUACUCAAAAACUUGAUGCUUUGUUUAAUCUUACAGAACAGCUCAGAGAUGAUGUCUGGCAGCCCCUGCUCUUGCGAGAGGUGUGGCCCCCUAAACAUUCACAGCAAUGAGCUGAUCUACCUUAUUCCACCCCCCACAGGGCAAGCUUAAUGACAGGGACGUGACCGGCUUGAAAAUAAAUCCCGCAAAAAAACGCUGUGUGUGAUAGUUGCAAGCAACUCCUGAGAUCACUCUGGUGGGAAGCCCUCAGCACAUUCUUCCUUUCAGCUUCUGUCCUUUGCUGAGCUCUUCCAUGCCAUACGUUUCGCUGUUCUAUUGUCAGGGUUGCUGAAAAAGGCAUUGAAAGCAACAACUGAGAGGCAGGCUUUCCCUAUCCUCGCUCCUUUUUUUUUUUUUUUAAUAAAGAAACUCAAGUUACAAUGGAAAUAUUCAGGAUAUUACACAAUGGGAGGGUCUAUCAAAACCUGGAAUUUCAAAAUCCUCCCAUUGACAGUGACCCCCUUUAACCAGAGAGUUGGAUCCUUUGGAUCUUUUCCAAGCUGAUCAUUUUUCCUAGUUAAAUUAAAAUGUUGUGUAGUUAACUGGCCUCUUUUCAUUUCUCUCUGUCAGGUUGUUACCCCUCUGCCCCCCAUCUCCAUUGCAAGCUAAUCACUCAUCCCUUUGCAUCCCAUGGUUCACAUUCAGAAUGGUUGCAUUCUGUGUGGUGCUGGUUUUAUGGAUCACUUUUCUAUUGUACAUGCUCUUAGGGAAUAGGUGCUGUAUAUAAUCUUGGGAAAGCCUCAUCAUACUUGUCUAACUCUGCAAAUAAAAUCCGUUUAUACCCUG